ACCCCGGACCUACCCACUUUGAAACUCGGGGUGGCCCGCCCAUCUGUCGGGUGGCGCUGUAGGGGCCUAUGUGGCUUGUAAAGUUUGGAAACCAACGUUAGGAGCGCUCCUCAGGGGCUGCAGAAGCGGCGGAGCCCCUUGGGUGAAGGGUAAAGGCAGCCGGGCCCCUUUCAAAGUUAAUGCUACUUAAAGAAAACCGGGAGGAUAUACUGAAUGCCAGCGACAAAUUAACAGAGGUCCUUGAAGAGGCCAACACUCUAUUUAAUGGAGUGUCCCGAGCAAGAGAAGCAGUCCUGGAUGCCCAGUUUCUUGUUUUGGCUUCAGAUUUGGGCAAAGAGAAAGCAAAGCAGCUGCGUUCUGACCUGAACUCGUUUGAUAUGUUAAGAUAUGUUGAAACUCUACUGACACAUAUGGGUGUAAAUCCGCUAGAAGCUGAAGAACUCAUCCGUGAUGAAGAUAGUUCUGAUUUUGAAUUCAUAGUCUAUGACUCCUGGAAAAUAUCAGGCAAAACAGCAGAAAACACCUUUAAUAAAACCCAUACAUUCCACUUUCUGUUGGGUUCAAUACAAGGAGAGUGUCCUGUGCCAAAGCCACGAAAUGAUCGUCCAAGGAAAGUUCCCACGACAGAAGAGAAGAAGACAAUGCCUGACCAGUUAAAUGAAAUGGAAGAAUCUCAUCAAGAAGCAACAGAAAAAGAAGUGGAAAGAAUUUUAGGAUUGUUGCAGACGUAUUUUCGAGAAGAUCCUGAUACUCCCAUGUCCUUCUUUGACUUUGUGGUUGAUCCACAUUCUUUCCCCCGAACAGUGGAAAACAUCUUUCAUGUUUCCUUCAUUAUAAGGGAUGGUUUUGCAAGAAUAAAGCUUGACCAAGACCGACUGCCAAUAAUAGAGCCUGUUAAUAUUAAUGAAGAAAGUGAGGGAAUUGACCAAAACACCCAAAUUAGGAAUCAAGGAAUUAUAGCUUUGAGUUACCGUGACUGGGAGGAGAUCGUGAAGACCUUUGAGAUCUCAGAGCCUGUGAUCGCGUCAGGCCAGAGCCAGCAGAGACUGAGCACUUGACGCCGGCAGAGUUGACUUCUCAAAAAUGGUGGCAUACUCAAGAGCUCUCGUCGGAGUGGCUUUUUUACAUUAUCUUCCUUUCUGGACUUUUCCAUUUGGAUGGUUACUUCUAUGAGUGCUUCCUGGUAAGGCUGGGCAAUCGGGUAGGCUGUGAUCUGUUCGAAUUCUUUCUCUUCCUCCUUGUGCGUUGCAGGCCUGUGGAGAGGAGGAGCAGGGGAAGACAUCUUCCAAGCACGCAGUCUCUCGCUUCUCUGCUCCGUGAGCUCUCUCCCCCGAAUCAUUUGGUCCUGAUGCCCCUUGAUCUGUUCCUUUGCCCAGGCUGCCCUGUGCUUUUUGGUCUUAGCUUUGUGGGUUUUCUGGAUAGUUUCAGUCUUUUCCUCCUUCCGUAGGGUUAAUAUUUUGGGGAAGACUGUUUCACUCGGAAUCCUUUGAGGGAGGAGCCGAUACUUGUGAUCUCUGAGGCCUCGGGCCCGUUCGGCUCGGUAUAUGUGCUUCUCUAUGUGGUCCAGCUCCCUCUCAGACACUAAACAGUCCCAUUUUUUAGCAUCUCCUGUUUUUUCACUUUGUGGUCUCUCUCUCUAUUUUAAUUUCCCACCUUGGAACCAUCGUGUAUCUCCACGCUUCUCCCAGCAUCAUUUCUUGAUGUCGUCGAUAGUAGUAUGCCUCUGCUUUGGCAAACCGGAAGUCAAAAGACACGGCUUUGAGCUGAUGGAGUGUUUCAUUCUCCUGCUGAGACUUUUGGAGCAAAACUUCCUCACUUUUGAAGAAUGGACAUCACCUAAACUCUUGUCAGAGGGAAGUAUUAGAAGAUUUUUAAGUUAGACGUCCUCUGUUCAGGCCAUGACAUAGAUCAGAAGUGGCUAGAAGCUCUGCCUGGCACUCUGACACCAUGUCCCUGAUGGGGGGCCUCUUAGCCACAUUCCCCGGCUUUCUCUUAAACCUCCCACACUCCCCUCCCCCAGGGUCCCCUUCCGGUUGAAGAGUUCGCCUUAGACUUCCUUGAGAAAACAGAAGCACUCAGGCAGGAACGCCCUCCUCUGCCCAGUGCCAGAACCACCACACUGCAUCGACCCUGGACUCGGCCUUUACAACAGGAACAUUGCCCCUUUGUCUAUCAAAAGCCAGUUCUCCCACCUGUCCUCAUGAAGCUUCAGGAACUUCAAUUUGCAAUUACCAAAUUCUCUUUCCUGCUCCAUCGAAAUUUCCCCUGUACCGGAUCACUCCCGUCAGCAUAAAAAUAUGUUCCAGUAUAUACAUAUAUCAUCUUUAAACAGAAAAGGAAAAUGUUUCCUUUGCCGCACAUCCCAUCUUGGCUCCCUUUCCCUGUGUGUCAUGAAGCAGACACCUAGAACCCCUCUCCUCUUCCCUACCUCCCAGUUCCCCCUCGGUCCUCCUCGGUUGGCUUUCCAUGACCCCACUGCCCCCAGACUGCUCUCAUCUAGGUCAUGAGGGAUCUCCAUAGCAACAAAUUCAGGGGUCUUGUCUCUGUUCCUGUCAUACUUGACCUCAGCAGCAUUUUACAGAGUUGAGUACUUUACUUUCCUCUGGCUUCCAGUCUGUGGCCAAGGGCAUGUGACCAAGGCUAUCUUGGACCCCCCUAGACUGUUUCAGCCAUUAGCCGAAUAUCCCCAGGUGACUGAACAGCCCUUAUUCUCUUCCUACCUCAUGGCCACACCCUGCCACCUACUUUGCUGGUUCUGUCUUUAAAAUGUAAUGCAAGAAAAUACAACAGAAAUUGUCACUUAAGAUGAGCAUAGUCUCAUUUAGACUUUCUUGGACAAGGACAGUCUCAGUCACUCAACAAGGUGACCUACCAUGUGUCAGGGACUGCUCUAGAGGGGGCAAGAAGGGGUGAGCAAGACCGUUGAGGCAUACGAGACUGCCCUGUACUCAACUCUCAACUUCACCGCUAGAUACAAUCUACUUAACAUCUCCACUUGACUCUUCUUCCAAAGUGUUUCCUUCUCUUUCCCCCUUCUCAGUCCUGUCCCCACUAACUUCAAAAUGUCCCCAGCCUAGGGUAGCAGCCUAGGUAGCUUCCCUGAAUCCACGCUUCUCUCUCUCUGCCACAGCCCCAUCGGACCAUGCACACAGCAACUGGAGUGAUCUUUGUGUCACACAAAUCUGAGCAUGUCCCUUCCCUGCACUGAAACCUAGGAUAGUGUCCUGCUGCUUUUAGGAGAAAAUCCCAAAUCCCAGUAUGGCUUUCAUAAUUUCGCUCCUGACUGCCUUUCAGCUCGACUGCUUGCCCACUCUGCUGCAGCCACCCUGACUUUUCUGUUCUUCAAAAACUGUAUUGUCUUUGCCAUCUGAGUAUUUUCACAUAUUCCUCCUUCAUAUACUCCCAAACGCACAAUAUAGCAACUCUGACUACAAUGCUAACGUAACUUAAUUUUUAGCUUAAAUGUUACUUCCUCAGACCUUCCACGUAUUCAAUAAAAUAAAAUCCCAUCCCAUCUUUCACGACCCUUAUCACAAUCUUUCACCCUCACUUGCCUCUGCCCUGUGGUGGCACAAGCGAUGUUUGUAUUGUUCAGUGCUGUCCAGCCGGAACCAAGUCUAACGGACGAAGCCCUCUGGCUUGAAAUACUCAGGCCCUUUCUGCCUUGGGAAGAAACUUUUUAUGAUGGUAUUACUGGCUCCAAAGUUCAUGGUAAAUAUAUUUCCUCACCUUAAUCUUCUUUUCUAGUGGGGACUGGGAACCCACUGGAAUCCGAGGGUCCUGAGUGUUUUUGGCCCAGGCCAAUCUGGAAGAUUAAAAAGAGAAAUCACACUAGGAUUUGGAGAAAGUUUUCAGAAAACAUGGCCCUGGUGCAAAAUGAGGUAGGGAGUUGAUUUGGGACUCACUUUUCACACACUUGUCACACUCUUUUCAAUAGCAAGAGGUAUUUCUCUGGGCCGAUAGUAAUAGGCAGGACUACGGCUAACUUGUAGCAUUCCUUGAAGCAAGGAAGGAAUGCUCUCUGAUAAAAGUAUGAACAAAGAGCCCUAUUGAGUUUGAGGUUGAGACUAACAGAAAUACCCUUACUUUAACACUGGACUGGGGGAGGCUGAGUUGCUAUUUCAAAUUCCAGAAACCACUGCUUGUAUAAUUUUUGGUAGAACAAAGAACCUUACCAUUGAUAAGAAAAUAAGCUCUCAAAGCUGGUUAGUCCCUUUUAAGUUCAGUUAUGCAUAAAAUUAUAUAGUACAACGUAUAAGCUACUGUUAAUUUCCAACAGCAGCUAACUGUAACAUAUUUCAUGAUUCUUGUCAAAGGUUUAUAUUUUAGAUAGAUGGCAAGAAAGUUUUUGGUUUUUUUUUUUUUAAAUCUAAUGCAGAAAACUACAGCCGAGAAAUCUGCAGUCACAUUUAGGUAUCCUGGAGAACUCUUAUUUCUUAACCUGCUUAGUUAGCAAAUAGGUUCGGUGUUUAGUAACCUGGGUUGUAAAUAUUCUGUUUCCCUGAGUUCUCUUUGCAGCAAAAGAGGAUUUUAUAAUAUAGACUGAUAAAAAACAAAACUAUAAUUACCGUGUAAGUAGAACUAAUUUCUGAAACAGACUCCUACUUCUGCUUUCAUGUUUUUCUUUCCUAAGAGGUUCUUACAUGAUCUCCAUAACAGCAUCUACUGAGCUUACUAUAUGCUGGGUGAUGUGCUGAGGCCUUAAGUGGGCCCUUUCACUUCGUCUCCCAAACAGUCCAUGAAGGAGGCACUCAUCAGGCCUCGCUGCAAAGACAACCGAGGCCAGAGAGCUUCCGUGACUCGUCAGUUUCAGAGGCAGGAUGUGCGCCUGCGCGACUCCAGAGCCCAUCAUUUUCGUUCCUGUGCUACACUUGUUCGCAGGUAAAUGAACGUUCUCCUGCGUUUAACUCAAAAUGGAAGGAAAUGACACCUACUGUUCUUCCGCACUCAGAUCCAACCAUUCUGAGUCUGUCACCAGAGGACGGCGUGAGGAUGGGGUCCGCGCUGCCAGUCGGUCCUUCCGUGGGCUCCCCCAGCACCCUCCCCGCCCGGCAUCCGUGGCCGCCCCUCCAGUAGCUAUCCGCUGCGGAUCUUCCGUGUCCUUCUUCUUUGCCAGUGCCCUAUCCAUCGCCAGCUUUGCGAACAAUAUGCUUGCUUCUUCCCCCCCCCCCCCGCCAGCGUCCGCUUUCGCAGCGCUGGGCCCCAUUCUCUCAUUCUCCGUGGUGCAAAGGUCCUGUUCUCCAGCCAGCGCCUUCCCGGCCCUCUUUCCGCUCGCCACUGCUCAUCCUUCAGGAGGGCUUCGGUUGAUUUCUACGGCAACCAGAGGCAGUCACAAGCUUCUGUAUGUGUCAUCACCAUCCUAGACUGAGACUACUGUGAGGUGGUAGGUGAAGACAUCGUCUGGCUGGUAGGGAAUGCACUCCAGUGUGAGCUGGGCUGAAUGGCGGCAGAGAGAAAGUGUGAGGGGCUGGGUUUCACGGAUACCGACAGCCCUUCUCGGUGCAGCUGGAGAAAGCAUCUUCCAAGGCAACGGGAGCGUCUUUGUCAUUUUUGUUUGUUUGGAUAUUUUUUUUGGGGGGGGAAUAUAUAUUAUGUAUCUUCCAUAGACAUGUAAUCAGUAGACAGCCGGGGAUGGGGGAUCCUGCACGCACAGUCCCAGUAGCUGGCGGAGGGUGGACGGCUGUGCAGGUGGCCUGGUCACGUGGUCUCACCAUCACUCAGCUGGUGCGUCACUCCGCCAAAUGCUGCUGCAAAAUGGAGGUUUUGAGCUCCUCUUUAAUCUACUUUUAGCCACAUAUUUAAUAAUGUUCAUAACUGGUCAUUACUUAAGGAUAAAAAAGCAGACAAUACACCAAUGUCAAAAUACAAAUUAAUGAAAUGAUUCUGCAUAUUCAAGACACUUGUCACCAUAUAUUUAAGCUGCGGAUGUCCAAAUAAAGUCCUCAUUGUUUCUACUUCUCGAAA